AAGAGAGGGCUGCUUUGGAGAGGGAGGGUAAAACUUAAAAAAAAAAGUGUAUUACGAAGAAGCAACAAUUCGGCCAAAAUCAAAUCGAAAAGCAAAAUCGUAACGAGAAAGAGACACACGGCACCCACAGUGAUGAGGGCGAUGAAGUAUAUAAAAAGGGUGACGACGUUUAACACUCCUCAAGGCAAAGGCAAGGGCAAAAGCGCGGUGGACAAUCUCCUGAAACUAAGCCGUAUUAACGCUCUGUUUGCGCUCUUCUACUUGUUGCACGAUGACUUGGAAUUUCAAUUCCUGAUUUGCUUUCGCUAAUCUCCAAAAUUCCCCCAAUUUUCCACAUUUUGUGUUUUGUUUUCUUCUUUAAUUUUUUUCAUCAUCUCGAUACGAUUGCCGACUGCUUCCACCAACCCGGAAGGUCUGCAUCUGCGUGCCAUUCGCUCUUUCUUGCUUUUUAUUUGUUUAUUUAUAAUAUUUUCUUGAAUAAAUUUGAAUUGGAUCGGAUCUUUGGUUACCCUAUCGAAGCUGGAAAGAAUUAUACGACUAAUAUCUGCAUACAUGUAUAAAUCUGUCUGUAUUUUGGGUUUUUCUUUUAUAAGGAAUUACUUGGUAGCAUAAAUAAUUGGAUAUUGUGUUAUUAUAUGAAGAGAGAAUUUCUUUUGAAACUUAUAGACAGAAGAGAACCACGCUGGCAUCCAUGGAAAAUGGUUUGCUUUGGCUUUUAAUUUAAUUUAGUCAAAUGGGUUUUAUUAGUUUACUUAUUUCUCCAUCAUCUUUUGGUAAAACAGAGCUUUGCUGAAACACUGUGUUUCCUUUAGGAUCAGAAGGGACUUUUGCUUGGCUGCUAAGGUACUCUGGUAUCUAUUUCUUAGUGGUUACCAGUACAUUAGAUUGAUGUGCGAUGCAAAGAUCACGUAGUGCUCUUUUGAACAGAAGAGCUUUAGCGAUCAGCGGAAGGAGCCACUUGUAUAAGGUGUCUCUGUCUUUCGUUUUUGUCCUCUGGGGGCUUGUCUUUCUAUUCAGCUUAUGGUUCAGUUGUGGACACGGAUACAAAGAUGGAUCCACUGUAUCUCCACUUGGUAUAUCAACUUGGGAUGAAGCUAAGCUGGACCGUGAUGAACACUAUGAUUCUGUAAAUAUACAAAAAGAAACUGAUUUUGUCUACUCUUCUGGUGGUGAAUGCACAAAUGGGAUUGAAACUGGUGGUUUAAAGGGUGAGUUAUCUGCUAUGGAAAGAAGUAAACAGCAUGUCUCAGCUGAAGGAAGUAGACAGCAUGCCUCAGCUGAAGGAAGUCUACAUCAUGCCUCAGCUGAAGGAAGUAUAUUUCAUGACUCAGCUGUGGGUGGGCAACCUGAGGUGGUGAACGCUGGUUCAGGUGCAAAAUUUGAAAAUGAUGCUCUAAAGAAUCGUCGCUUGCCACGUGCUGUGCCUCUUGGUCUUGAUGAAUUCAAAAGCAAAACAUUUAGUUCCAAAAGUAAAUCUGGAAAUGGUCAGGCUGAAGGCAUAAAACAUAGGGUGGAGCCUGGUGGUGCAGAGUACAAUUAUGCGUCAGCCGCAAAGGGAGCCAAGGUCUUGGCUUUUAACAAGGAAGCUAAGGGUGCCUCUAAUAUCUUAGGCAAAGACAAAGACAAGUACCUUCGCAAUCCAUGUUCUGCAGAAGAAAAGUUUGUCGAUAUAGAGCUUUCCGAAGAAACCUUAGUAGAUUCAAUUGAAAUAGCUAAUCUUGAGCACUAUUCAUCUAAUUUAAAAGAUUUUGAGGUGCUCGGCAGUUUGGCUUAUCCAACUAAUGAAUGGGUCUUUCUUGGGAAUGGUACUGCUGCAAAUAAUAAACUUGUACAAAGGUUUGUUCUUCAGCAACCCAAGUGGGUGAGAUAUAUUAAGUUGAAACUUUUGAGCCAUUAUGGUUCAGAAUUCUACUGCACGCUUAGUAUUAUUGAACUCUAUGGAGUGGAUGCUGUUGAGCGAAUGCUUGAGGAGUUGAUUUCUGUUGAAGGCGGCUCAUUUGUUACUUCAGGAGCAGCAGUUGACCAGAAACCUGUGCCCUCCCACCCGGACUCCCCUGAGGGUGAGGAAUUGUAUCGUGAUAUGGUUAAGGAAUUGGAACCCCAAGAUGCAGCUGGAGGGUCUGAAGUGAAUAAUAAUAUGAUGAAUAGUGAAGUGCCUGAUCCUGUCAAAGAAGUUCAUCAACAAGUUAAUAGGAUGCCUGGGGACACUGUUCUAAAAAUUUUAAUGCAGAAAGUUCGUUCAUUAGAUUUUAGUUUAUCAGUUCUGGAGCGAUACCUAGAGGAAUCAACUUCAAAAUAUGGCAGUAUUUUCGGAGAAUUUGACAAAGAUUUGGGAGAGAGAGAUAUAGAUUUAAAGAAGAUCAGAGAAGACAUAAGGAAUCUUGUUCAAAGCCAGCAAGUCAUUGCUAAUGAUGUUGACAAUCUUAUAUCUUGGCAGUCCCUAGUUACCAUGCAAUUGGAUAAUCUAGUCAGGGACAAUGCUAUCCUCAGAUCUGAGGUUGAAAGGGUGAGGGAGAAGCAGGCAUCUGUAGAUAAUAAGGGUGUCAUAAUAUUUCUUAUAUGCAUAAUUUUUUCAUUGUUAGCUCUUGUGAGGCUUUUCACAGAAAUGGCAGUUAGUGUUUGUAUGAUGGCAUCGAGUGUUGAUACGACGACAGAAAAGUCGAGGAAGUUUUGUUGGACGAGUUCUUCGUCCUGGAUUUUUUUGCUUGUGAGCUGUAUCCUUGUCCUAUUUAUAUUAUCAUUAUAAUCUUUGGAGCUUUUCGGCA